AUGACAGGGACUGUGGCGAAGCUGCCUGAUAUUGUGUCCAUAUUCAAUGAGUGUCAAGAAACCUUGCUGUCUCAUGAUCGUCUGUUAUCCUCUUUGAUGGAUUUGUAUGCAAGGAUGCCAUUCUCCCAUUUCGCGGAGGACUUUUUUGAACUCUGUCGUUACUCCUUGGUUAGUGCUGAACGUAAUGUCUUCAGAGACCGGACUAUUGAUUUCAUUGUUCGUGCCGUCGUUCAUAUCAGCGCCAAUGCCGCUGAACGCGAGGAUGGGAAUCCCCGGAAUCUGCUUCUUGUUAAGAUGUUCCUCUUUUGCGCUAAGUACCACGAGUGUGUCAAGCAUGCACCGCGUUUCCGGUGCACGCAGUUGAUUCACAGAUUGCUGGAAGCUAUGGGCUCUGAGGCCUGCUUGCCGGUGGAGCUGUUCGAUAUCGUUCAGCGCGUGCUUCUUCGUCGAUCAACAGAUGUAAAGCCUAUGAUCCGCGUGCAGGCAGCUCUCGGUUUAGCACGUCUUCAGAAUCCCACAGAUCGUAAGUGUCCGGUCAUCGAACAGCUGUUGUGGCUUUCACGCCACGACACCUCACCAGACGUACGUCGUGCCGCCCUCGCUGCCACUGUGCUCACCACAUUUACUCUACCUGUCAUCGUGGAACGUUGUCGAGAUGUUUCUGAUGCUGUCCGCAAGACCGCCUAUAAUAUCCUUGCACAGCGUUCUGUGGUACGACCGCUCUCUAUUGCUAAGCGCAUCGCCAUUCUGCAGGAUGGUCUUACAGACACCUCACCCGAUGUCCGGAAAGCGGCAGAGGCAAUGGUAUUCGCUUGGUUCAACUUCCUAGAUCAAGAUCCAAUUCUCUUGCUACGAAGGCUGGAUACUGAAGGUGUGCCCAAAACCAGUAAACUCUGUCUCGACCACUUAUUGCCGAGUUUGGAGGAGGACACCUUGGUAACUGUGACAACCAAGUGGGCAACUGACUAUUUGGACGACAAGCACAUUCCAAAACCCGAUAGAUGUUCUGUGGAAUGCGUGUUCUUUUGGCGCGUGCUAAUCGAGUAUCUAUUGAAAAGACAAAAUGUCGAUGACGACUCUGGCGGUACGAGCAAUCAGGUUGAGGUGGAUGGCCAAAUCUUCCAUACCACUACUGCUUCCUCUUCCUCGCCCAAUCGAAUUUCAGCCCUACUCGAGCGUAUAACGCCCUCGGUUUCAGAUUAUGUUAACUUUAUCAUUUAUCGUGUGGACAGUCUUCUGGUGCUGCUACAAGCAGACGUUGACUAUAACGAGAAUGUUAUGGAGGCGGAGAGUGUGCUGGAGCACGUUUUGCUGUUAUGUGAGUGUUUGGACCUCUCUGACGAAUUUGGACGGCGACGGCUCUUCGACGUUGUUCGUGGCUGGUUGGUGUGCCCACAAGUACCCGCUAGUCUCACAAAAUUUCUGUUACAGAUCUAUUUCAAUCUCGAGUCAAAUGUGGUGAGUUUUUCAUCUCUCUUGAGGUUGCUGGGAGUAUACGGGAAAUAUGGGCCUCUUAACAUUUUUUAUCGGUAUUACCACUAG